AUGUCAUGCUUGUUACAUCCCUUUGGUAGUCUCGAACCGGGACCUGACAAUCGCGGGACGUGCUAUCAUAUUGUGCCAUUAUCUUGGUGCAACCCUGCCACGUCAAGUACUCUAGAAAACACGAAGCUCGUCCUUGCGUUUGCAGCUUGUUUUGGGGUAGGAGCCGCCAUUCGCGGUUACCUUACAUCAGGAAGUAAAUAUCCCCUCCCACCUUCCCCUACCACUUGGGGGCUUUGGGGGCACGUACUACCCUAUCACAGGUCAUAUCUUACUGUAGAGAAAUGGAUUGAAGAGCUUGGGCCCGUGAUCAGUUUUCGCUCAGGAACCCGGAGAAUCGUGAUUAUCGGCCGCCAAAAAAAAUGCUUAGCGGCGGACAGUCCAUCGCCUUUUCACACGCUGGGGAAAAGGUUGCAUCAUAUGCGUAGAGCACUUCAUUUGCAUCUCGGACCGAGAUCACUCGAGCAGCAUGAGCUCAUACAGUUAUCGUACGCAAAAGACAUGGUCAUGGACAUCAUCGAUGAUCCAUCCAACUUCCAGAACCACACGUUAACUUUUGUCUCAUCGGUGAUCAUGAAAGUUGCAUACGGGAAGAACACGCGUACGUUUGCUGGUGAUCUCGAACUCAAAGAUGCUCGCCAGCGCAUAGAGGAAUUGGGUAAAUCCCAGCGCCCUGGUGCUUACCUGGUGGACUCGAUUCCGUGGCUCAGAUACAUUCCUUGGUAUGGCAAAGAUUUAAGAGAGGGAUUUGAGAGGGGCAGGAAGAUCUACACCGCCUCAGCUCAAUCGCGUGAAACAUCAACUAGUACUUAUCGCCUUGUCAUUCUUUCCAUGAUGCCUGACCCCGUUCCACAGCAGAGGAAUGAAGACAUCGGCCCUUCGUUCGCGAAAUACAUGCUCGAAACUGAGCAUAGUUAUCCCUUUACUGAGCUUGAGAGGGCUUGGCUCGUUGGGAGCUUGUUGCUAGCAUCCAACACGACUGCUGCGGCGUUAUGCACGGUGCUCAUGGUAGCCGCGCUUUUCCCCGAGGAGCAAGCUAAAGUCCAGGCCGAGUUUGAUGCGGUCAUCGGAAGGAACCGAGGUAGCUUCAUUCCUAUCGCAGUCUUGUCGAGUAAUGAUGUCUCCACCACAGUACCCACUUUCGCUGACGAAAAUUCCCUUCCCCUUCUGCGCGCUUUCAUCGCUGAGUGUCAAAGAUGGAGACCGUCUGCUGCUGAAGUUUACAAGGUUCACACUGUAGGGCUGGCUCAUCAAACGACUAAAGACGAAAAUUAUUGCAUUCCUGCCGGGACUACGGUGUUCGGCAACCAUUGGGCCAUCUCUCGAGAUCCAGACGUCUUCCCUGACCCUCACGCAUUCAAACCUGAGCGCUGGCUGAACGACCAAGGUGGCCUGAGGAAGGACCACAAAUUCUAUACCUUCGGGUUUGGUCGGCGGGUAUGCCCCGCCCAACACCUCGUACCCAGAUCCGUGUUCAUACACUCGCUCCUUGUCCUUUGGGCCUUCCGGAUGACUCUGGAUCCUACGAAGCCGGCGGAUGACAUGGGAUAUAUGAUCGGGGUGGUGCCAGAUAUCCAACCAUGCACUGUUCAGUUUGAGAGCAGGGUUCCGGAAUCGGCGCUCAGGCGUAUGAUGCAGAAGGAUCCCGAGGUUGCGUGA